UGCACGUGCUCCUUCACACUCCCUCACCAACCUCAAACGUUUUCUUUCUCAAACAACAAAACUCUCACCACAUUCACCUUGCCAACCCACUCACAAGACCAACGUGCACUCCCCCACAACACCCCCAUAUAUGUAUCAACUCCACUUCAUUCUCUCUAUCAUCCCCAAUAGUAGACAAAUUAACUAUUUAUUACCAUGGCCGAGCGUAGUAAUGAUAGUGGUGACAAUGAUAAUAGUAGCGCCUCUGGAAGCCGACGAAGAGGCGCCACUUCAAGGCGUGUCAUAACAACAACAUUGCAAGAGGAAGCAUUUGUGGUACCUUCACCAGUGACACCAUGUGGAGCUUGCAAGUUCUUGAGGAGGAAGUGCAUUGGAGGGUGCAUCUUUGCACCCCACUUUGGAACUGACCAAGGUGCAGCCAAGUUUGCAGCUGUGCACAAAGUUUUCGGAGCUAGCAAUGUCUCAAAGCUCUUGCACAGCAUUCCGGCGAACCUCCGCCAUGAGGCGGCAACAACCAUAUCCUAUGAGGCUCAGGCAAGGCUGUCUGAUCCGGUUUAUGGUUGUGUGUCUACCAUACUUGCUUUGCAACAACAGGUGGCAUCUUUGCAAGCAGAGUUGUCUAUGUUUCAAACUCAGCUGAUGAACAGUAGAUUUGCCUAUGCAAGUGCUCUUCAGACCACACAAAUGCAACAACCAAACAUGAAUGCAGCAGCACUGCAACCAACAUACUCCAACAACUCAUGUGCUUCCACCAACCUCAUGAACUUGAGCAACUUCAAUACCAAUAACUCUGGCUUUAACCUUGCAAUGGAGACAGCACCCUCAUCACACAGUUUGGAGCCUCUUCAACUCUCAAGGUUGUCUCAAUAUGAGGAAGAGGAUGAAGAAGAAAGCAGGAUUCACCAAGCCUUCAAUCACCGUCAUUAACUGAGUUGCCCUUUUUCUUCAUUUUGUUUAGUGUUACUGUUUGUUGACUUUAAUUCAUAUAUACUAUUAAAUACUGUGGGAAACCUCAAGAUGAUGUUAUUUUUAA